GAAACAAUAUGAUGACUUCUACUUUAAACAUGCCACAUAUGCAUCAACAAGGGUACAAAAUGCGUGGUUUUGAUCAAAGAAGCGUUUAUUACAGAAGAGAAACAUCUCCUAUGUCACUAAGAAGUUUCCGUGAUUCUGGUGCACAAAACUUUCGUGAUUCAAUUUAUAACCGUGGUAUGAGCUCUCAAAGGUCUGUUUUUAAUGGAAGAAGUGGCUCACCCAUGUCUAUGAGAAGCAUUGAUUCUAAUGCAAGUGUUAGUGCUGCUGAUAUAGCUUUAGCAUUCAAAAAUGUGAAAUUCAAUAAAUAUGAUUUAAGACUUAUAAAAGAAGCAUAUAAUAAAUUUAUGAAAAAUCGUAUUAGAAAAAGAAUUGAAAAACGGAGAAAUCUGAAACUAUUUUCAAAAGGUAAUAGACAGAGAUUGGGUGAGGACUCAGGAGAGCAAGGCAGUGAUUCAUCAAUCAGCAGUGAUGAUUGUAGAUCAUCUAGAACAAUCCUACAUAAAGAUAAUAUACCAAAAUCGAUAAAUAGACCAUUGACAACAUACGAUUUAACACAGUUCAGGACUUCAAUGAAAGAGAAUGAUAUGUAUAAAGAUUGUACAGAAAACUUAAAACAGAAUUAUCUUAGAAAUAUGUUUACUGUUAAUUCAUUAAAACAUACUACUAAUCACACACCACAAGAAAAAGACGAAAAUACCUCUGUAGUUACUCUAAAAGAAAGAUUUGCUAAAGGAGCUUCAUUUCAAUGGCCAUCUCAAAGGUUCAACAAGUCAAGUUAUGAGACAUCAGCUAGAAAUGUGAUUACAGAAAUCCCUAGAAACAAAACUAAUCCCCAUACACAAUCAGAAAAUACUAAGGCUAUCGAUACUGAUAGUGAGAAGGAGGAAAUAUUUUCACAGAGCAUAGUUAAAGCAAAUAGUACUCAUCAAAGUACAAUGCAACAAAAAAGAGUGCUUGAAGAUGAAGAAUCAAAUUCAUCUAAUAGAAAGAGAAGUAAGACUGCUAUAUCACCAAUAAAAGAAAACGAUAGUUUGUCUAAUAACAUAAAUAUUCAAAAUAAUGAGUUCAACUUCAAAAAACCAAAAAUGCCUGUACCAAAAAUAUCCAAUGUAAAGAAGGGUUCUGUUCCUGAAAUAUUGAUAGCUAAAUCUCGUCUACCUCUUACUGGAGAUUUGGAAUUAGAUUUACCUAAUAAUAAUAAUAAAUCACAGCAUAAUAAUUUCUAUGAUGAACAGAACUCAGUUGUACAAAACAAAAAGCUGUUACAGAAAACUGCUGAAGUCAUAGAACCUGAUUGUUCUAAUCACACAGAAGUUACUCAGAACACCACUGAUGUUUCAAUGAGACCUAGUUUUUUAAAACGGAAACUUUUCACUCAAAAAUUAGAUAUUGCUGAAAGUAAGAAUAUUAGUAGUGAUAACUUAGCUACCAACAGCCCUCAAACUAAUAUAUAUAACAUUUGCAGAGAAAAAAAUAAAGUACGAAAGAUAGUGUCGUCGCAAUCAUAUUGUUUAAGUCAUGAUGUUCUUGGUGAUGAUAAUGUUUUAGAUUUAAUACACAAGAUUGUGCCUCCUGAUCAAAUGAACAUGACUAAUGCUACCAACAAAAAAGAAUUGAGUAAAAACAAUAUAGAUAAUAAUGAUAAAUGGGAUGUAGCCUCUGUUAUAUCUAUGUGCAACAAUGAUGAGGGUAGUGAUACUUACACAGAUGAAGAAAUAUUUAAAGUAUCUCAAAUUUCUAACAAAACCAAUACUAAACAAGCUAAUAAAGAAGUGAAUAAACCAACUGCUGUAAAAAAUAAAAUGACUGAAGUUCAAAAACCGCAACCUGCAGUAAAUAAUACUAUAAAACUAAAUACUGAUUGUAAAGUAGUAGUAAAAAAAAUGGAAACUAAUGCUUGCAGUUGGAAAAAUGAUGCAGCUAAAUCACAAUGUCAAAACAAGAGAACUGUUAUUUCAAAUUGUGUAAAGUCUUUCUGGGAUACCGAUUUUGAAAGUGAUAUGGAGGAAAGGACUGUAACACCAUGGACAUCAAAAUACCAACUAAAGCAAGAUAAUGCUAUCCACAAAGAUGCUUCAAAAAGCAGUUCUGAUACAAAUUUUAACAAAAAAAACUUUAUAAAAGGCACUAUACUAACUGUAAGAAGUUUUCGAAGUAAAGGUCUGAAUGGCAGUACAAGAUCUGAUAUAAGUAGAGUUUCAAAACAAACAGAUUAUGAUAAAACAAGACAGCAAAAAAAUAAUAAAACUCCAAACAAGAAUACUAAAUCCUCGCAAAAUGAUGAAAAAAAAGCACAAGAGCAAGUUGUUCAAUCUACAAAACCCCAAAAAAACUCUAGGUCAAAAAGUAAUUUAAGUAAAGUCACUAUUGAAAAACCCAAAUCAAAGCCAGUAUCAACCAAAGAGACGAAAAGUAAAAAGCAAAAAUCAAAAGAGAACAAUGAAUGCAAUAUUUCAAGAGAAAGUCUACGGCUAAAGCAGAAAAAAGAACAGACUGAAAUGAAUUCAAGUACCCAGAUUAAUAAAAGAGGAAGGCCGGCAAAAGGUUCAAUAGAAAAAAAAGAAGAUUCUAUUCCCAAAAACAGUCAAACAGUGAAUAAAAAAGGUGUCAAAUCUCUUAAAAACCCUACAAUCAAGCUUGGUAAUUUGAAUAGGACUCGUCAAACACCAAGGAAACGUAAUGAAAAGAUGCAAUUAUCUUCAUCAGUUGAUGGCUCAAGUUUGAAUAUUAGUAAUAUAUUAUCCACAAGCUUACGAGUAAGACGAAAAAAUGUAAAAUAGUUUUGACAUAAAUCAUAUAGAAAUUAGUGUGUAAAUGCGAUCUUUAAUUCAUAAAAUAAUUUGUGUAUAAAAUUAUGUCUAUGAA